GGAUGCGGUUGUUUGAAGUGUAAGCGGUACAGUAAUUUGGAAAUGCCAGUAAGCAAUUCAGGAGUCUCAAGUCUACAACCAGUGCGUGAUCCUGUAUUGUUUCCUCUGGGACUGAAAGACGAGGCUAAAAUAUCUUUAGGUUCAGAGAGUAUUACAAUACACGCUAAAGAUUUACGAAAGAUAGCUCAUCUAGGGUCUGGUUAUUAUGGAAGGGUAGAAAAAAUGAUCCAUACACCAACUUCGCAUGUGUUCGCCGUAAAACAUAUUUCAGUACAUUUAAACUAUCUGUCCAGACCCCUUAUUUCUCGUGAAUUGGCUGUUGGUACACGUUGCAAUCAUCGAUCCGUCGUAACCUGCUACUGUGGCCUCUUUUGUGAAGGUGAUGUUCUCAUAGUUAUGGAGUUAAUGGAUACAUCAUUAGAUAAAUUACUUAAAAAGGUUUACAAGUGUGGUUGUAUUUUUCCUACUGACGUGUUGGCUUACAUUGUAUUAUCAGUUGUUGAAGCUCUUGAAUAUCUUCAUCAACUUGAAGUUAUACAUCGUGAUGUUAAACCUUCAAACAUGCUUGCGGAUUGUCAUGGUCGAGUGAAGGUUUGCGAUUUUGGAAUCUCAGCUGAUCUAGAGAAUUCAAUUGCACUAACUAACAUAGGUACAAGGGCUUAUUUAGCUCCAGAAAGAAUUAAUACCCGAGAGAAUGAAGGAUUCUGUAUUCGUUCAGAUGUUUGGUCGCUUGGUUUGAGUGUAUUAGAAUUAGCAACAGGGAAACCUUGUUAUCCUCAAUCACAAAAUGUAUUUCAACAGUUGGUUCAGGUAGUUCAUGAACCGUCACCACGAUUACCAGAAUCGAGUAGUUAUCCAAAUUCACUUCGUAAAUUUAUUGACUCAUGUCUAAUGAAGAAUAAAGAGGAUCGACCAAAUUAUGUUCAGCUGCUUAGUUCAGAAUUUUUAUCCAAUGUGGACGCUAAAAGUGGUCAAGAAUCAUUCAAAAAUUUUUUGGUAGAUUUCCUUGAUGAUAAUUAACAUCUUGUUAGUAGUAGACGUGUUAAUGUUACUGAAUAAGAUGAUGAAUAGUAGGAAAUAUUUUUUAUUUUUUUGUUUGCUUUUAUCGAUGAGAGUAUUUUUUACUCCCUUUUAUUUUUAUGUAAUGCAUUCCGGUUGUAUUCAUCGUGAAGAUAAUCUCUUCCAUUUCCCCUUGUCAACACUUUAUUUCAUGUUUACUUCAUACAUUGUCUUUAUCUUUUGUAUAACAGCUUCUUUGGUCUGUCCACGUAUUAUUCAUCUUUCCAUUAAUAUUUACUAUAGCGCCGUAAUAUUGUUACUUCGUCCUAUUAUUAUUCAAUCCAUUGACUAUGUUAUGCGAAUAUGCUUCGUAGGAUGUGUGAAACAAAUAAAAGAUAAGUGGAGAAAAAGUCAUCACAACGUCGUUCAUAUACAUAUAGUCUUCUUUUUUUUUUUUGCUUUGAUGCAGUAUUGUUAAUAGGAUAAAAAUUGUUUUAUUUUCCUCUAUAAUGCUCUUUGUGUGUCUAUUGUCUUCCCAAUUUUGACUAGUACUGAUAACUACUAGUCAACAUCACUGGAUAGGAUAGUUAAAUCUUUUCCACAUCCUUGUCUCUGUGUUGAUAACACUGAAGAUAAAGCGACCAACCAUUUUGAUUUCACCUCUUUCUUCCGUAGUAUUUUUAAAAAAAUGUAUGUUUAUUACAAAUGACGAGAAAUAACUUAUGAGUUUUCUUUUGUAUCAUUUAUAUGUUUGAUUUUGCAGAAUUCUUCAACUCAAUGUACAUGUAUUUGUCGCUGUUCAUUUCUUUCGUUAACAUACUGGUGAUUCAAUCAGUAAACAAGUGAAUUUUAAGAAAUUAAUUUGCUUUCAUUACUGGGUAACUUCAAUCAUUGCAAUUUACAAAACUACCUUUUUUUCUUGUUCAUAUUUAAUAUGAAGUUGUUAGCCAGUGCAUGCUUGUGUGCUGUAUGGUCCUUAAAAGUCAGACUUGGUGGCUAGCAGUGGAAUCCAGUACGCGCGUUUCGUCCUCUUUGGGAUUCAUCAGCUAGAUGUAUCUGCGCCUAAGCGACAUCAUUAACUUCAGUAUGAAGUCAUGACCGGUGGGGCGAACCUCGUGGACGUGAGGACAAAUGCUCAGCAAUCACAUUGGGAGAUGGUCGCGUUAUGUUGUGAACUGACAGGAGUUGGAAUUGUGGACGAUUGGAUUCCAACCCAAUGGCUCAAUGGUAACGUGCUGGCCACGGAACCUGAAGGUCAUAGGUGCUCACUCCUAAGAGGUCCCUUACUAUGACGAAACAGCUGUCCAGUGCUCCCAGGUCCCCAAUGUUUCUCUAACUGGUGUCAGUCCAUGAUGAAUAUCAGCUUUGUACUGGAGAUAAUGCUGAUGAUGUUAUUUACAAAGACUAUGAAAGCUCCACGAUUACACAACCCAGCUCAGAGAACAUAAUGCAACCAAGACCAUCCACCUGAGCUACAAAUAUUCUCCACCAUUUAAAAGGUCUCCUAAAUGUGAUCCGUUGACUUACAUGAACUGGUAUACCGACGUUAUGAAGAAGUUGUAAAUUAAUCAUGAAAUGUUUGCAUUUCGGUUGCCACAGCUUAGUACCUACUUCAAUUUGAUCUACCUGAUGAAACCUGUAAGUCAGUUUGUUUGGUGUAAAUUAGUUAGCUGUGAUUUCUAAAUUGGAAGUUAAAACUCAGUCUGCCGUUGUUGACUUUCAAUGGAACCCUUUUUGAUGCGACUGUGGUUGCUUAAAAUGGUUAUAACGGCUAGUUAAUAUAUAUGCUUGGAUCUCGUACUCGAACCGAUAACUCCACAACGUAACUCACACUUUCACAUGACUCUAGCUUUCUACAUUCUUCACUUUCUGAGUAUCACUCCGCUUGUCUACGACUUUUCCACGUCCAUGAGUCACCAACUAAACCGAACGCAAGACAAGAUGUUUACAACCCUGAUAUGAACAGUCUUUUUUCCUUUUCUCCCCAGGGUAGAGGACAAAAGCUGAUAGUCACUAUCUUAAUUUUUAAUUUUUGCUCUAAGUCAUCUAUCUAUCCAAGUCAAUCAUAUGUUCGCAUCAUACCACUAUUCAAAAAAAAAAAAAUAGCUGAAAAUGGACUUAUAUGCGAUAAUUGCUUAUCUUUAACAGUCAGUUAUUUUGGAACCACAUAUCCCAUGAAAGUAAUUAAGAAGUCGAUACAAAACUUUUGAGCUGAACUAUACAAUGAUGCUAAUAAAUAGGUGGAUAAAAUAGUUCAAUCUACAAUACUUUCUUCUCAGAUGGUCAUUUCGUUUUCUUUGCUCCCUUAUGAUCGCGUGACGUUGAUUCGGAAAAUGUUAUCUGAUAUCGCUUUUGAUAGAUUUUCUAUUUAUUAGCUUUGAACACUGCAUUUCUAAUUCUGAUUAUUUUGGAAGUCGACGUCGUAGCCAUUGCUCUUUGUAGCACCAGAUCUUAACUCAUCACUUCGGAGAUAGUUUGCUUAUAGACUGACUGCAUUUUAUUUAGUAAUUAUUAAAUGACUUAACCAGUGUGGGCUGGUUUUUAGCUAUUCAUAUUGUAUAGAGGUAUAUUUCAGUGAUUUGAGCUUUUUUUGUACCAGAAGUUAACCAUUGUAAUGUUUACAGGAUUUCUAGUGGAAACCCUAUUGAUAUCACAGAUGUGCGGUUUCGAAACCACUCAGUUGUGCGAGAUAUAAACUGUACAGUUUGAAAUCGGUCAUCCUACUGAAUGCACACUCGUCCAUACAAUUCACCUGACCAUAUUCAAUUAAUCUAUACACUUCGACCCUGUAAGUUAGAAUUAGUUAGAAUUACACAGCGUUAUGGAGUCGUAGUCUCUCUGAUUUGGCAGGUGUUACCUAUAAAUCAAAACGACUGGUUGUGAACUACACAUGUUGUUCAGUCAAGUAUUUCAAGAUUUUCUUAUUUUUUCUUCGCUUCCGAAAGGUUAUGUUCGAAAUCUCGAAUCAUUGCUAUGCCAUUUAGACCAUAUUUUCCAGUAGUUAUCGCAUAUAUCCACCAAAUUUGUUAAAACUAUGAUUUCAUCUUUACUAAGUAACUAUUUUCAAGAGACCUCAAUAAAAGUUGUUAAUUUAGCUUAAUUUCUUUACUCGGGAAAUAUGACUCUUUUAAUACCAUAUUGAUUUGUUAAAAUGAAAAUAUUGAAAAAUUAAAUUUUUUGUUGUUG